GUCAAGGGAGGAGGAGGAAGAGGGAGGAGGAGGGCCGGGCGCGGGCUGGGUGCGGUCCUGGCGGUCCCCGGUCCCGGAUCUCUUCCAUUUCCCCUCUGCGGGACUCACUCCUGCGCCGCCAGCCCAGAGCAGAGCACCACCACCAGCAGCAGGAGCAGGAGCAGGAGCAGGAGCUGGAGCCAAGGCAGAGCCGGGGCCGGGGCCGGGGCCGGAGGAGCAGCCACCUGCCCCCCGCAUGGCCGCGGGCGAGGCUGCCCUGUGCCCGGUCCGCAGGCACCGCCGCCGCCGCCGCCGUGGCCCUCCUGGCCGCUGAGGGGGGCCGGGGCCGGGAGCCAUGAGGGCGGGCCCGGGGCUGGCGCUGCUGGGGCUGGCGCUGCUGGCCUGGGCGGCGGCGCUGGUGCGGGGCUGCGGGCCCGGGAGGGUGGUGGGCAGCCGGCGGCGCCCUCCGCGGAAGCUGGUGCCGCUGGCCUACAAGCAGUUCAGCCCCAACGUCCCCGAGAAGACCCUGGGCGCCAGCGGCAGGUACGAGGGCAAGAUCGCCCGCAACUCCGAGCGCUUCAAGGAGCUCACCCCCAACUACAACCCGGACAUCAUCUUCAAGGACGAGGAGAACACCGGCGCGGACCGGCUCAUGACCCAGCGCUGCAAGGAUCGCCUCAACUCUCUGGCCAUCUCAGUCAUGAACCAAUGGCCAGGGGUCAAGCUACGUGUGACAGAAGGCUGGGAUGAAGAUGGGCACCACUUAGAGGAAUCGCUGCACUAUGAGGGCCGUGCCGUUGACAUCACCACAUCUGACCGUGACCGUAACAAGUAUGGGAUGCUGGCACGCUUGGCUGUGGAAGCUGGAUUUGACUGGGUCUACUAUGAAUCUAAGGCUCACAUUCACUGCUCUGUUAAAUCUGAGCAUUCAGCAGCAGCAAAGACAGGAGGUUGUUUCCCAGCCCGGGCACUGGUGACACUAGAAAGCGGGACCAAGAUUCCAGUGUGGGCACUGAGGCCUGGGCAGAAGGUCCAAGCCAUGGACGAGCAAGGCUAUCCCACGUACAGUGAAUUCCUGGCCUUUCUGGACAAGGCACCAUCGGCACGCACUGUCUUCCAUGUCAUUGAGACACAGGAUCCCCCACGUCGCCUUGCCCUCACUGCCGCACAUCUCCUUUUUGUGGGGGAGAAUGCUACAUCACCCACCAAAGCUGUUUUUGCCAGCCUAGUGCAACCAGGACACUAUGUGCUGGUGACAGAGGGGAACAAGGUCCAGGCGGCCAGGGUGGCAGCAGUUUCAGUGCAGAUGGACCUUGGGGCCUUUGCUCCCCUCACCCGCCAUGGGACUCUGGUGGUAAAUGAAGUCGUGGUCUCUUGUUUUGCCAUGGUGCAGGAGCAGCGCCUUGCCCAGCUGGCCUUCUGGCCCCUUAGACUCUAUCACAGCCUGGCUGGGAGUGAGCGGACCCAACCGGAAGGUGUGCACUGGUACUCUAUGUUGCUCUAUCACCUGGGCCAAAUGCUCCUUGCGCCAGACAGCUUCCACCCAUUGGCUACAGCACAGUUUGAGAGCUGAGCUGACACACCAGACACCCCUCACACCUCCUGGAAGAGGGAGCAACCAGAUUACCUUCCCAUGGUUCCAGAGUGGGACUGUAUAGGGACCAGAACUGGCUGGUUGUGGGGGAAAGGUGGGGCUUGCCUGCUCCUUAUAACCUUUCCCAUACAAGGGCUGAGAGGAGGUUUUGGUGACUCCUUCUUUGAAUCUGAGAGGGCCUUUUUAAAUUAUUUUGGCUACAGAAGGGGAAGCUCAGCAACAGGGCCCCAUGCUGCUAUUUUAGUUCAAGAGCCUCUGAUGCAAAGUGGGUUGGGGUGGGGAAGGAAAGUUAGCUAGGUGGAUGGAGAUAGUGAGUGGUCUCUUGGAGCCUGGAUGAAUGAGGAGGGCUGGAAAUCCUGCCUCACCACAGACAGAUGGAGAAGGAGGGCAUGCAGAAAGCAUCUUCGAGAAGGCUCCUGAGAGGAGAUGGAUAUGAGGUCUCAAUGGGACAUUCUCCUGGUAUCAACCCAGGAAAGUGUCUCCUUUAGGGGCUCUGCUAUCUCUAGAUGGCUGAUAGGACUGUGGAAGUCAAAGCAGCUGGAAGAUUAUAGGCCCUGGUAGGAUGCUUCCAUUGUCAGAAUGAUAGGAGAGAGAGGUCCUUUUUACCAGCAGUGAAUCAACUGGGCUUUGAGAGGCAAAAGGGAGUGUGCCAACCAACCUAUGACAAAGGGGGCACCAAUCUGAGGAGACAGCAGGCAGUAGGGAGGGAGGGUUGUUCAUAAAAUGAUGUUACCUUGUCUGGAUUACUGGAUUUGGCUUGGAGUGCUUCUGUCUCUUUUCCCAUUUCCCAGAUUAAAUUAUAGCUCCAUUUAUACAGAUGCACUGAAAGAAUGAAAGAGAGUGACACAGGGAAGGGGAAAUGCACAACUUCACUAGCCUGGUCAUCCGCACUAUAUAGUUACACUGCUUUAAACCCACUUUAGCUGCCAUGGCAACAUCCUAUGGAAUUCCUGGAUUUGGAGUUUAGGGAGAUGAAUUCUGCAUCCUCAGUUAGUAAAUGCUAACAGCACAGUUUUGAUCCCUGUGCUUCCAUGAGAAAUGAAAGACCCACCACAUAUUCUGCUAUUGCUAUCAUGGAUAAUCUCAUAAUUACCAUGGUAUUUUAGGGUGGAAAUAUCUAAAGAUCACCUACAGUAUUAGAGUGGAAAUACCUACAAUUCACAGGUUUGUGUAAAUAUGAGUUUGGGAAGAUGUAGUUGUCAAAAUAACAGGGAAUGUCAUCCUUAGGACCUUUUUGUGUGUUUAAAAGAUUCUUGCAAGGAUACAACUCCUGUAUAGAAAAGGAAGGCAAUUACAUCACUAUGUCCCCACUUAUAUUUCUGGAGCACUGCCAAAUCUAUUUGCUGCCUUGGAAAAUGGUGUCUUUGUGCCAAGUGUACAUGGAGAAAAAUCUACCUGUGUCUUUAUCCCACCCAUUAGUGUACAUCAGACUUAUAAAUAGCCUUGCAGUUGAUUGCCUGUGGUGAAUAAGAAUUUCUUCGAGUUGACCAGGCAGUCCAGUCUUAUAAAUGGGAAAAGAAUUUGCUGUUGUUCUCAGAGUGUCAAGCUGCCAAAAAUGACUAAAAGACAUUUUUGGUGGGUGGAUUGCCUAGUAUUUUUUUAUCCUGGGCAAAUGGCUUGUGUGAUAUAUGCAGUGUUCUCCCACAUGCAAGUCAUAUCCAGGUUCUAAAUAUUCACAAAUGAAGCAACCUGUACUUGGGCCAGAGAUGCCCUUGUGUUCAGGCUUCUCCUUGAGGACAUAAUACCUGGGUCCCAGAGCACUUUCUACCAGGCAGAGCCAUGAACUGUCCCUUCUGUCUUUAUCCUGCCCCCUCUUAACCUGACACCAGCAUUUAUCCCCAAUUCUGCCCUCCAGGCAGCCCAACUGGUAACCACAACUAGCUAGUGAUAGCAAAAUUGCUCAUGAGGCUCCCUGCACAAUCCCAAUGUUUGACCAUGAGGUGCGUGCAGGGUGGGGGUAGUGUUUGUAGAGUAUCUCUCUCCCCCAUCACAUUGCAUUUAUUUAUUUACCUGCCCUUGGCAGGGCAAUCAGAAAUAAAGUCCUUGUGGGUAGACUUCAGCAACAUGAGACCAAAUGUGAUUGGGGUGGGGGCAUUUUUUUUCUUAUAAUAAAAGUAUUUAAAGAUUAUUUCAGAGAAGCACAGCUGUUAUGGGGCCACGGGGAAGAAGGAGGGCAUAAGAGGGAAUUGCAAAUGUUUGUCUCUUCACUGGAUGUACAUUUCUCAAACAGGUGAGAAGUCCAAUAAAUCUCUUUACCCACCUUC